CUCUGUCUUUCUUAUUUCUCCAGAGAGAAGCCCAGUCUGGAAAACUAUAAUAUAAAUUUCAGUUCUGCACCGCCAUUCCUGAGGGAUUGUUCUGAGGUGAAAAUGCAGGAGCAAAAUCCUACAGGCCCCAACUCAGGGGCGUUAUCAGAGUGGGUAAGAAAAACCCCUCAGGUCCUUCAGGUUGGGAGUAUGAAGGGAAUCCUGGAAAAGAAGCCAAGAGAUCUGAUGAGACCCCAUGGAAUGGAGGGCUCUCUCUCCCUUGAGCAGUGGGAAGCCCAGUGGAAGGAGUUCCUCAGGACAGUGGAGGGCCUUCACUCUCCAUGGGGAAUCCCUUCCUUGCCAGAGAAACCUUCACCUUGGGAGGAUGCCAAGGCCUUUCUGGCCUCCUUUGAGCAAGUGGCCGAAGCCUGUCAUUGGCCAAAGGAAGACUGGGUGAUUCAACUCCUGCCAGCCCUCAGUGGUGAUGCCAAGUGGGCCUUUAACAGUCUGGAUGUCCCAGAUAGAGAGGAUUAUGGGAAGGUGAAGGCAGCCAUCUUGCGAGCAGAAGCCCUGCGCCAGGAGAAGCAGCGUCAGCAGUUCAGGAGUUUUUCCUACCAGGAGUCAGAGGGGCCACGGGGGGCCUACAGCCAACUGCGGGAAAUGUGCCGUGGGUGGCUGAGAGUGGAGAAUCACAGCAAGGAGCAGAUCCUGGAGCUCUUGAUCCUGGAGCAAUUGUUGAACGUCCUGCCCCUGGAGAUCCAGAGUCAGGUGAAGGAAAGCAGCCCCGAGAGCUGCUCCCAGGCGGUGGCCCUGGCCGAGGAGUUCCUCUUGAGGCAGAAGAAGCAGGUGCCCUUGGAGGAAACAGCUGGAAUGGUUUCCAAGGCAGGUGAAGAUCCAUCUCAGAGUGAGCAGAGGCAUCCCUUGAUGGACAUUAAAGAAGAGGAGGAUGGAGAGGCCAACCCACUGGGGUAUGAUCAGAAUGAGGAAGGAAACCUCGAAAAUCUAGGUAGAGCAAAGGGAGAAGAAGGAAGUCACCUGAUUGAGAAGGGGGAUCAACCCUAUCUUUGCCAAGGAGGGGAUUUCUGUGAAGCACUUCACAUGGGGGAGGAAACGUGCAGAUAUUUGGAAUGCGGAAUGGACUUCUCAGAUCAAUCCCAAUAUAAUACCUAUUCGCAAAAGGACAGUGGAGUGAAGUCCUCUAAAUGUCUGGAGUGUGAAAAGAGCUUCCCUUGCACAUCAGAGCUUCUGAAACAUCAAAGAAUCCACACAGCAGGGAAAGCGUAUAACUGCUCACCCUGUGGCAAGAGCUUCUCACAUAAAGCCAACUUUAUUAAUCACCAGAGGAUUCAUAUGGAACAGAAGCAAUUUGUUGCUUCAGAGAGUGGAAAGAAUUUCUCUGAUGGAAAUAAGGGUAACAUACAUUUUCCAAAGCAUAGAAAUAUGAAGGCAUCUAAAUGCUUUCAGUGUGGAAAGUACUUUAAAUACAAAUCUCAGUUCCUUGCACAUCUAAGAACCCAUACAGGGGAGAAACCUUUUGAAUGCUCAGAGUGUAGAAAGACAUUCAUUAGGAGUUUUCAUCUUCAGCGGCACCUAAGAACCCACACAGGGGAGAAACCUUUUGAAUGCCUGAAGUGUAAAAAGAAAUUCAAUCAGAGCUACAAUUUUCGACAGCAUCUAAGAACCCACACAGGGGAGAAACCUUUUGAAUGCCUGGAGUGUGGAAAGAAAUUCAAUAAGAGUUUCAAUUUACAACAGCAUUUAAGAACCCACACAGGGGAGAAACCUUUUGAAUGCUCAGAGUGUGGAAAGAAAUUCAAUCAGAGUUACCAUCUUCAGCGGCAUCUAAGAACCCACGCUGGUGAGAAACCUUUCCAAUACUCAGAGUGUGAAAAGAAUUCCAGCUGGGUUGCUGACCUUCAUCAGCAUCAAAGAACCCACGGCGAGGAGAAACCUUGUGAAUGUUCAAAGUGUGCGAAGGGUUUCAGUUGGAGUACCAAUCUUCAGUGGCAUCAAACAAUCCACACAGGAGAGAAACGUUUUGAGUGCUCAGAUUGUGGGAAAAAAUUCAGUACAAGUUUCAAUCUUCAACGGCAUCAAAAAAUCCACACCGGAGAGAAACCUUUCGAAUGCUCAGGGUGUGGAAAGAAAUUCAGUCAGAAUUACCAUCUUCAGCGGCAUCUAAAAACUCACACAGGGGAGAAACCUUUUCCAUGUUCAGAGUGUGGAAAGACAUUCAUCCAGAGUUGCCAUCUUGGAAAGCAUCAAAGAAUCCACACAGGUGAGAAACCUUUUGAAUGAGUGUGGAAAGAGAUUCCUCCCAUGUGGCCAUCUUCAACUUGCAUCAAAGAACCCACGUGAGGAGAAACUGCAUGGCUGAUAAGCCUGUGACAAAUCCUUAUCUCAUAAUGCAUACAUUAAUAGCAGCCAUAGAGUCCACACAGUUAAAACCAUGAAAACUACUGGAAAGAGACUAUAUCUACACAGAAACCUUACUAUAGCCUAAGAAAGAAAGAAUCAUGAUUCAUACAUUAGAAACAGCAUAAAUGCUGGAAUUGUGAUUGAAGCCUCAAACGGAUCUCAAAGGGGAGAAAGCAAAGCUGUGUGAGGGUGGAAGGAGAUUCCAGACCACCUCUGCCUUCCUUAAACACUGAGUAAUUCACACGAGAGAAACCUCAUAAAUGCUCAAUAUGUGUAAGAACUCGAAGCAGAGAUCAGACCCUCAUGUUUCUCUGAGAAUCCACAUGAAGGUAAAGCUUUCCGUUUGAAUUGCCCUAGAUUGGUUUUGUGGAGGCUCCUUUUUUGGAUUGCCCAGACGUGGAGGGUUUUCAAGGAUUAAUUUCACUAGUGGGAUUAACUUGGAUUCAGAGAAAAACUGAAUCAGGGUUCAAAGGUUCAAACUCAAAUGUUCAAACUCAGUAUGUUCAAACAGCAUACAGCAUCUUCAACUGGGUGGGUAUCCUUGGAGUCUGUAAGUGAAUGUUUUGCAAUGUGAAUCCCCCUUGAUUCUCACAAAUUAAUGUCAGGAGGGAGAAGUCAAAUGCCAUUUUUCUGUAUUUGGGGUGGGUGGGUUUGUACAGACUGGUGAUACGGAAGUGUUUAAAACAGUAGCCCUUGGCAAGGGUGUUAUGUGUUUUUAAAAAUAUUCUGUAAAAGUGUAGAAAGAAAUCUUGCUUCAGCAAGGCCUCUUCCUCCUUGCCUGAUCCUCAUGUUUUAAAUUCAAAAGCCAGAGUGUUGGGCUACAGCUUGGCAGAUCUGGGUUCCAGUCUCCACUCGGCCAGUCACUAAUAUUCUUCACAGGAUUGCCAUGAAGAAUAAAUAGUGUGCCUCUGGGGUGAGACCCUUCUUGCAAGAAAUGUUUAAGGGGUUGUUAAUUAUGGAAAUCUCUGGACUUUGUUGGUGUGUGGUAUGUCCUGGAUUGGUUGUGUCUUUAACUAUUAACUUUUUUUGGUGGAUGUGGAAAUACCAAAGCCAUACUUUUGA